CAUUCACUCACCCUCAUGUUGUUCCAAACCUUUAUGACUUUAAAUCUUUUGCGGGCGUAUAAAAUAAGAUAUAAACUCGCAAUUCCGAGAAAAAAAAAAGUAACAUUUUGCAAUUCGGACCUUUUUUCCUCAGAAUUGCGUGAUAUAAACUCGCAAAAAAUCCUAAGAAUUGGACUUUAUAAGUUGCAAUUGUCAGUUUAAAUCUGUUGAAAUCUCGCGUUUAUAUCUUAACCUGAGAUAAAGAAUCACAAAUUCAUAAUUAAAAUAGUAUUUCUGCUGUAUUAGGCUACUUCUCAAAAGAGAAGCGUUUGGCGUCACCUAUAGGUUGAAUGCGGCAUAUUGAUAGUUAGCGUCGUUGCUAUGAAACGAAUCUUGAAAACACAACGAUAAGCCACUGCAUUCGUAAACGUGUGAUAAUCUCAUCGAGCCGUUUGUGUUUUGAUCCUGAACGUCUCUGAAAACAGAUCAAAAUGUCUAACGCUCUGUUAGCAGAGGUUGGCUGGGACGCGGGUUUCGCCCUCCCUGUAGCUAAUGCAGAGAAUAAAGCAUUAGAGGAGGAGCUUCAAAGGAAGCAAAAGGAGCAAUUAAAUCUUGAGAACAAACUGAAUAAAUACAAAGAUGUUAUAAAUGCUUUGACUGAACAUCUCAAAAAUCUGAAACAAGAGCUUUCUCACACUCAGGCUUUGUGCAAAGCCAGAGAGAAGGAGACUGAAUCUGAGGAGCAUUUCAGAGCCCUGGCGGAGCGAGAGGCAGGCCGGUUGAAGCAGGAGAUCACUGAGCUGGAGAAUGAACUAAAAACACUGAAUGAGAAGAAGAACGCACAAGAGAACAGCAUCUUUAAAGCCACUCAGAAGCUUGAGGAACUGAAGAGUCAGCUGAACUGGGAUCAGCAGACCCUGGAGGCCUGGCUGCAGGAAUCAGCACACAAGGAUGAAGACACCAUGGCCAUCAUCAAGUACGCCAAGCAAGAUGAGAGCAGGAUUCGAGAGCUGACACUGAACAUUGAGAAGUUGACACUUGAAGCCAACCAGAAAAGAAAGACCUUGAACAGUGAAAUCACUGAAUCAGGUACAGCACAGAUCGCUUUGGACAAAACAGCCGAAAGCUUUCGUCAGGCUCACAUUGAGAGGCAAGAGAUGAUCAACCAGUGGGAGAACACUAUUGAACAAAUGAGGAAAAGAGACCAGGAGAUACAGCAGUGUGCCAUGUUGCAAGCAGAGGUGAACCAAGUGAUAAGAGAGAAGAAUGAUUUGAUCAAGGAGAGGAAGGACUUCAUGGAGCGUGAGAUAGAGAACAAUAAAGAGCUGGAGAGGAACAUAGGCACAACUGAACGUCAGGCACUUCGACUCAGACAGCAGCUCCAGGAAGAGGAGAGGAAUCACAGACGUCUGCAGGAUGAGGUGGAGGUUCUGAAGGGAACUUUAGACCGAACAGCCACAGAUGUGGAGACCACCAGAUCUCAGUUAACCAGCAUGAAAAAGAACAUUCAGGACAAAACAGCAAAGGUUGAAGAAGUAAAGCUGCAUAAUGCUGCUCUGAAGGAGAAGCUGCAAGUGGUGAUGGAGGCGGUGUUGGAUGGUGAAGAGCAAGCAGCACAGAUGGAGCAACUGCACAAAGAACAGGAACAGAACAUCAAAGAGAUCGAUGCUCAGCUGCUCCGGCAGAGAGAGCUCAUGUUCAGAAAGAGUCAAGAGUUGCAAGGGCUGCGUGAAAAGGAGAAGAACAUCACAGCUGAGAUCUGCGCCACUCGGGCCGCUCUCUUCAACCUGAACAGCAGACUCAGCAAACUGGACCAGAACUUUCUCCAACAGCAGAUGAUUAUCUCCAACCAGGACUUUCAGAUCCAGAUGCUGGAGAGGAAGACUUUACACUUGCAGGGGAAGGUGAACACAGAGGAGAAGAAAGCUCUGGAGAAGAAGGCUUCUGAUCUGGCUGAAGCUCUCGAGGAGAAGAAGAGGACGGCCGCCACCCUCAACACACAGCUAAAGAAACUCCAGGAUGAUAUCCGCUGCAUUAAGAAAGACGCAGAGAAGAGCGAAGCAGAGAAGAGAGAUCUGACCUCCAAGAUCCAGGAGAUGGAACUCUUCAUUGACACCUCUGAGAAAGACCAGAAAAAACUCAGGCUCAAAAAACAGGACACCAUGGUGGAGAAAGGUCUCCUGAAGAUGGAGGUGCAGCGGCUGAGAGACCUGCUGUAUGACAGAGCAGAUGGAGUACUGACUCUGGAGAAGAGACGUCUGCAGCUGCAAGCGGCCAUGAAAGAAAGAGAGGAGGAGAUCCGUGUGCACCGAGAGAUGCUCGUUAAACAGGUCAAGCUCACUGAACAAGAGAGACAAGGGCUCAGUACUGCGGUGAACGAGAGAAUGUUCAAAAUUGACAAGAUGAGGAAGAGGUAUGAGAUCCUGACUGUUGCCAUGGCUGCACCAGAGGGAGAGGAGGAGAAAUCCCAGGCCUACUUCAUCAUAAAGGCAGCUCAAGAGAAAGAAGAACUCCAGCGUCAGGGAGAUGAUUUGGAUGCCAAAAUCCGCAAGGCAGAGAAAGAGAUCCACGCUUUGGAGAACACCCUGCAUGUUGUUAACAACUGCAAUACAACCUACCGCAAAGCCCUGACCAAAGUCACGGAGUCCAGUCCUGCACACCAGGAGAAACUGAAGCUGGAGGAGCAGAGACGAGCAGCUGAGGACAAGUACAAAUUUAAGAAACGGCAAAUCCGAGAACUGCAGGAGGAUGUUGAAAGCAUGUCCAGGACAUUGGAGGGUCUUCUUCAAGAGGAAGCCGUUCAGAACGAGAGCAUUGAGAGGACCCAAGCACAUGUGCUCUCUCUCAACAAAGACAUCCUCUCUCAGGAGGAGAAACUCAGUAGAGCCGUCAAACAGUGUGCCAAAUAUACCAGGGAAAUUCGGUCUGCUAAGAACACCAAAGAGAAGACGUUUGAGGAACGCGACAUAGAGCUACGAGAACUCAGAGACUUAAAUAAAAGCCUAAAUAAGAUGCUCCUAGAAGCCAUAGAGGAGAAUCCUGACCUGGCAUCUGCAUUACAGAUACGUUUUAUGCAGGCUGGUCUGUCGCUGCCCUCUCCUGCUUCCACUCCUUCCAGCCGUCUGAGCUCAAAGAUCAACUCAGCCCGCAGUUCUGCUUCAUUCCAUCGAUCCUCAAAUCCAUCGGCCAGCAGUAGUGCCAGAAGCCAAUCUGUCCCGACCCCUCCAGUGAAGACAGUGGAUCUGGGAUUGGGCCUCUCCGUCACAUCCCCGCAAGGAUCUCGGCUACCCAGCGCUGACAGCAGCAGCAGGAGCAGCAAAUGCAAGAGCCCUUAGACAGAUCCAGACCCCAGUCUCUCUGAGGAACAGUGUGUCUCUGUCAACCAGGAAGUUAUUGUUUUUAAUUAUACCACUGUUCUUGUUAUUCAAGUUUUGCCUCAAUGUUUAGUUUAGUCAAUUCAAUGUUAUCUUUAAAAUCAUUUUAGCUGUUUAAAUUUGACUUUUAUCAUUGUGUGUGUGUGUGGGUGUGUUUUUUUUUUUUUUUCCUAGAAAUUAGUUAUUACUUCAGAUUACUUCAGGAAACAUAGUUUGAUUAUAUACUACCAGUAAAAGUUAAUUAUAGUUUACCGGUAUUAUAUAAUCAUAGUUUGAUUAUAUAAUACCGGUAAAAAAUAAUAAAAAUUUUUAUAUGUUUUUGAAAGAAGUCUCUUGUGCUCACCAAGGAUGCAUUUAUUUUAUAUUUUGUAUUUUGUAUUUUUUUAUAUUAAAAAUACAGCAAGAAUAGCAAAAUUGUGAAAUAAAAUUACAAUUUAAAAGAACCGUUUUCUAUUUUAAUAUAUGGUAAAAUGUUAUUUAUUCCUGUGAUGGUAAAGCUGAAUUUUCAGCAUCAUUACUCCAGUCCUCAGUGUCACAUGAUCCUUCAGAAAUCAUUCUAAUAUGCUGAUUGCUGCUCAGUUAUUAUAUUAUUAU